GACUAUGGACUGAGGGAGGCGGCGGCUGACGACCACCUUUCACCGGCUUCUACCGAGCACGAGCCCCGGCGGAAUAUGGACUUAAGGAACGGCGGCGGCGCGUGGGGACAACAGAGACAACGGAACACAAAGCGCACGGGAGGAAACGCUCGUGUCCUCGCUUAGCGUUUCUGCAUCAUCGGUAUUAUCUCUACAGACGAACAUAAAGGGACACAAAGUGGGAGCUGGCGGGCUGACGCAAAGCCUCGCGGGCUGUAUAAAGUGAACAAUAAGCGGACUGUUGGUUCUAUUCACCGGCCUCCUCUGUGGCAUCAUCUCUGAAUCAAAGACGAGAGAAUGAGUGAACAGAGUAUCUGCCAGGCGCGGGCCUCAGUGAUGGUCUACGACGAUGCCAGUAAGAAGUGGGUGCCCAUCAAGCCCGGGCAGCAGGGCUUCAGCCGCAUCAACAUCUACCACAACACUGCCAACAACACCUUCAGGGUGGUGGGCGUCAAACUGCAGGACCAGCAGGUGGUCAUCAACUACUCCAUAGUGAAGGGUCUGAAGUACAAUCAGGCCACCCCGACCUUCCAUCAGUGGCGUGACGCCCGCCAGGUUUAUGGGCUGAACUUCGCCAGUAAGGAGGAGGCCACCACCUUCUCCAACGCCAUGCUGUUCGCCCUCAACGUCCUCAGCUCACCGGACUGUGGAGCUCCAGUCGUCCAGCGCCAAAAUGGACCUACCUCGGAGGAAAACGAGGCACAGAGGAGGAUGAUGGAGCAGCACCAGAUGCAGGCGCACAAGGAGAGGGAGCGACGGACGUCAGGAUCAGUCGUUUCCACUCUCCAAUAUAAAGUGUCCACCCCUCCCAUCCACCCAGACACCCCUCCCGAGUACAGACAGUACAGAGCUAGCACACUGCCGCCUUCCUACGCCCGCGUGGCCUCCUCUCCUCCCUCCUCCGCCUCCUCCUCUCCCUCUCAGGAGAGAGAGGUGGGGGCAGCUAGGGACAGAGCCCAGCUCUCUUCCCAGCUCUCCACCUCGCUCGCCUCAGCCUUUUCCCCCGUCCAGUCAGGAUUGGCCACCAUGGGCCGUCAGAUCCGUCAGAUCCCCCUGUCUCCCCCCUCAGCGGCCCGCCACCUCCACCACCAGCAGCAGCAGCAGCAGCAGGACAUGAUGCUGCCCCCUAAACACGGCACCUGGUCCGCCUCCCAGCUGCAGCAAAUGUACGCCCAGUAUGCCCCCUCCGCCUCCCCUCCAGUUAUGAUGGCCAUGCCUGUGAAGCAGGGUCCUCCCCAGCAGCCCUCCAUCCCUCUGGCUCACUCCCUGCCGCCCCUGAGCACGAGGAUGAAGCCCCCGCCCCUUGACCCAAACACCAUGGCAGGCCAUCACCAGUACCAGCACCCACCCCACCCUCACUCCAACGGCCAGCCAGACGGCUCCUACUCUCCCCACUCUCAGCAUCUGCCCCUCACCCCGCAGUACUGCGAGGCGGUCCCCCUCCCUCCUCUGACAGCUCAGACAGCCCCAGGCCCCCCCCCCAGCCACCAGACCCAGUACCCAUCCACCUUCCACCCUCAGCAGCAACUGCAUCCACAACAACAGCAGCAGCAGCAGCAGCAGGUGUACCACCAGCAGCCCCCUUCCACCACUUCCUACUCCUCCUCCUCCUCCUCACCCCCCUCUUACAAUGCCUUUCACUCUGACGGGGGCUCGCCCAAGAAGACCCCCUCCCCUGUCCCCCAGCAGGCCCCCAUGGUCACCAGCAGCCCCCCUGUCUCUGCAGGUCACCCUGCCAUGCUCUCUGUGGCCCCUCCUCCCGCUGCAGUGCCACCACCCAUGGCUGGUCCUCCAGCUCCGCCACCGCCACCGGGCCCCCCGCCCCCUAUGGCGGUGCCCCCACCAAUGCCCCCUCCCCUGCCCACUGGUGGAGGGCCUCCCGGGGGCCCGCCUGGGGCCCAACUCCAAGCCUCAGGACUCGCUGCCGCACUGGCCGGAGCCAAACUACGUAAAGUCCAAAGGGAUGAGAGCAGUCCGCCUGGGUCUAGUGGCAAAAGUGACUCCAACCGGUCUAGUGGUGGUAGCGGAGGCGGGGGAGAGGGACUGAUGCAGGAGAUGAAUGCCAUACUAGCUCGCAGACGGAAAGCUUCAGAGAAACCUGAUGAAGACGACUCUAGUGGUAGAGGGCCAGGUCAACAGAACUCAACAGAUGCUGUGAAGAAGCCAUGGGAACGAUCCAACUCUGCAGAAAAGUCCUCACUGGUGUCCAGAGUGAGACCCAUCGGCAGCACUAGUGAAUCAGACACAGAAUUCGACAGGAUGAAACAGGACAUUUUGGAUGAAGUUGUACGCGAGUUGCAUAAAGUGAAAGAUGAAAUCAUUAAUGCCAUCAGACUAGAAAUCGGCAGAAUCGGCACAUCCUAGUCUCAUGUGAGCAGCAGUAGAGGAGAGCGAGAGGAGGAAGAGGAGGAGGAGGGAGGAGGAAGAUGGACGGACAUGCAGAUGCACAGACACGAGGACCCGGGGAAUGUUCUCUCAAUGUUUCUGUGACCUCGCGACUCCACGAUGCAAGUUGCAGAGAUGUUGUGCCAACAUUUAAGUCUGCUGGACAGCGAAAAAUGGAAGAAAGAAACAGAGAAAGGGUUAACGGGUCAGAGGAUCAGAAGGAUGGAUACAGAAAGUUUGAAAGGACUGAUGAACUCAAAUCGAGGAUGAAAAAUAAAUUAAAAAGAUGAAUUGAGGGACGGGCGGACAAUAGUGCGGAGUCCAGUGUUUUGGUCCUCUCUGUGCACCUAAAGACUCAGUCAGCCCAGUGUUGCAACUCUUUGUUCUCUGUUCAGUCUUAAGAAGAAAAUAUUUUUGUUUUCUAAGUUUUUACUGUUUUAUUAUUUAAAAACUGUGGUGAUAAUGAUGAUGCUGUCGAUGACAAUGAGUAUUUUAUUGAUAUUAUAGAAGGAGAAAGGAAUCUUGCACACCAUUUACGUCAGCCUUUUAUAUUUUCUUUUAUGUUUUUCUAUUUAGUUUAUCCCUUACUAUUUCAUAAUUACAAGCACAAUAUGGGCAUAAUGGUUCUGCAGAUUCACCUGCCCUCGACUGGCAUACUUAAAAAAGAAAAAAAAGAAAAGGUUUUUUUGACCUUGUUCAUACUGGUUUUCUGUGUCUUAUCUUGUCUCUCCAGAGAUUUUGGAAACAUGUUAUUGUUUAAGCCACAAUAAGCCACUUUAAA